AGUUCACGGAUCUGAGGCUGCAGGACGACAGGCAGCCAUGCACAGGGCGGCUGGAAGUUUUCUACAAUGGGACUUGGGGUGGUGUCUGCCGGACCCUGAGUGCGGCCUCCCUGGGGGUCCUGUGUGGGCAGCUGGGCUGUGGGUCCCACGGGCAGCUGCAGGCCGGGGCAGGAAGCCGGUCUGCCCCUGAGUUUCUCUGGGUGGGCUCCAUCCAGUGCAGGGACAGGCAUGACCGGUCCCUGUGGCAGUGCCCGUCAGCCCCCUGGGACCAGCAUUCAUGCUCCAGCAGAGAGGAAGCGUGGGUCGUGUGCACAGGCAGCAGAAAUUGGUGUGUUGGGGAGACAGAGGGAAAAAGGAAAUGAAAAAUAUUUUACAAAAUUCAAGCUGCCGAGCUUGCAAAUUCAGAAACGGGUCCCAAUUUCCUAUGCAGAAAAGGCAGGAGAAGUUCCUGAGGACCCCGGGGAGCCCCUCAACUGCUCCUCCUCGCUCGGCUGCCCAGAGGAGGGCGCACUGCGCGUGCGCGGGGGCGAGGACCGCUGCUCCGGGCGCGUGGAGCUCUGGCACGCGGGCUCCUGGGGCACCGUGUGCGACGAUGGCUGGGACCUGGCGGACGCGGAGGUCGUGUGCCGCCAGCUGGGCUGCGGUCGGGCCGUCGCCGCCCUGGGGGCCGCCGCCUUUGGCCCUGGCUCCGGGCCCGUGUGGCUGGACGAGGUGGGGUGCCGGGGCAGCGAGGCGUCCCUGUGGGGCUGCCCUGCGGAGCGGUGGGGACGCGGAGACUGCGCGCACAAGGAGGACGCGGGCGUGCGCUGCUGGGAGCCUGGCCCAGGCCCCCCACUGCCUGCAGCUCCCUUCCGGACAUUCUGGGUGGUCAGUGUCGUCCUGGGAGCCCUUCUUGGUCUUCUCCUUCUGGGCCUCAUGGCCUUUCUGAUUCUGCCUCGAGUCACGCAAGCCAUGCAGAGGGGUCUGGGAAGAUCCGAGGUAUCUCCUGGAGAAGCCAUCUAUGAUGUCAUUGGGGAAAUGCCGCUAGCAGGACUGUACGAGGAAAUCACGGAGGCCGAGGCUGUGCUCCAAGAUGAGGAGGACGGAAGUGUGGUGAAGGUGGACACAGAAGCCGCAGUUUCAGGGGAGGUGUCUAACCUCCUGGAGGGACAGUCUAUACGUGCGGAGGGAGGACACAGCAGACCUGUUUCUCAGGGAUAUGACGAGGCUGCGUUUCCUCUGGAGGAGAUGACGUUGUAAAGCACCCUGAGGAUGAGAUACACCAGCUGGCUGUCGAAAUCACAGCUCUUCAUUUUCUUGUAAAAUUGUAGUGGAUUUCGUGAGAACACCUUGGAUGCCUUUCUCUUGCAAUGUCCUCCACGUCCAUAUAAAAUCCAGUCCUUCCAGGCCCUGCCUGGCUCUAACCCUCAUCCCCUUCGAGGGCCAUCUGCUGUGGACAGUCGUGCUGUGUAACCUUCAGAUUUCCCACACAUUACAGCAAAUGCAAAUACACAUAGAAAUCAGUGGUUCCAUUUGUGGUUUAGAGACACAUGGUGCCAUCUUCAUCUUCUGCUCCACAGCUCGCUUCUGGCACCCAGCAGUGGGUUGCAGAGCUCCCCAUGCCAGAACCUUCCUCUUUUUUCUUAAAAACUCUUCUUAAUUGAAUCCAAAGUAUCUUUUAAAUGUUCUACUUGUGUAAUCAUGUCAUCUGUGAAUAUUCAGAUUUAUCUUCUCCUUCCAGUCCGUGUACAUUUAAUCUCUUUUUCUGUGCCUUAUUUCGGGGGCUGGGACCCUUCAGUCCAGUGUUGAAGAGAGGCAGCCAGUGGAGGUCUUGUCUCAUUCAUGGACUCAGAGCAAAUGUGUUCCACAUUUAAUUUCACUAUGAAAUAUAAUAUUUGAUGUUCGGUUUUGUAGAUGCUAUUUAUCAGAUCAAGGAAAGCCCAGUCUAUACCUAAUUUGUUAAGGGUUUUGCUUUUUAUCAUAAGUGUUGACUUUUUCAAAUUCUUUUUUGUAUCUAUUAAGAUGAUAGAUGAUUGAUAUUCAUAUGUGAAAUUAACCAUGGGUUAAACAAACUUACCUUUAUCAUGAUAUAUUAUUCUUUUUGUAUUUCACAGGAAUUAGUUUGGUAAUAUGUUGGGUCAAUGUUUAAAAAAGAAAAUGAUGUGUAAUUUUUUUCUUUUGUUGUAGUAUUUCUGUUUAAUUUUUGGUAUGAGGAUUAUUCAGGUCUCAUAAGAGUUAGGAGUAUAUUCUCUUUUAAAAAAUAUUUGCUAAUUUACACUCCCACCAACAGUGUCAAAGUGUUCUUAUUUCUCCACAUCCUGUCCAGCAUCUGUUGUUUCCUGACUUUUUAAUAAUCGCCAUUCUAACUGGCAUGAGAUGAUAUCUCAUUGUGGUUUUGAUUUGCAUUUCGCUAAUGACCAGUGAUGAUGAACUUUUUUUCAUAUGUUUGUUGGCUGCAUAAAUGUCUUCUUUUGAAAA